GACGUGUUUCCGGUUAUCUGUCAAACUUGUAUGCUACACGCCAGUCGACGGGACGAGCUUGGACGAUUAAACAACGGACGGACAGUUCAUAAAUUCGGCAGACCAAGGCAGUCAAGAGAAAUGUCUUUUAUAUUUGACUGGAUCUGCAGGAGCUUCAGCAGUGUCUUGCAACUAUUAGGUUUGUACAAGAAAACUGGCAAGCUAGUGUUCCUUGGACUAGACAAUGCUGGAAAAACAACUCUCCUGCACAUGCUCAGAGAUGACAGGCUGGGACAGCAUGUGCCAACACUACAUCCAACAUCUGAGGAGUUGACCAUAGCUGGAAUGACCUUUACGACGUUUGACCUCGGGGGUCAUACACAAGCACGAAGGAUCUGGAAGAACUACCUCCCAGCCAUAAACGGUAUAGUCUACCUGGUGGAUUGCGCUGAUCAUGAGCGACUAGCAGAGGCAAAAGUUGAACUGGAUGCCCUGUUAACAGAUGAAACCAUCUCAAAUGUCCCGGUUCUCAUCCUGGGGAAUAAGAUAGACCGUCCAGAGGCCAUCAGUGAGGAUGCACUCAGAGGAAUGUUUGGUCUUCAUGGACAAACAACUGGAAAGGGCAAAGUGUCGCUUAAGGAGCUGAAUUUGAGGCCAAUGGAGGUUUUCAUGUGCAGCGUGCUGAAGAGACAAGGAUAUGGAGACGGUUUCCGCUGGCUCUCCCAGUAUAUUGACUGAUUCACAUUCUUUAAAUAACCUUAACCACAUUUACCGUGCUGCCUGUGCACACAAAGACAUGUUCCACACAAAACUACCUGCCGUAGAGAGACAUUUUAGUAAAUAUACCAUAUUUAGGACUGUGACUGUGCCAGUAGGAAAUGUGUUUCAAGUAGUGUUGAUAUAUCCUGUGUUUUUCAUGUGUUCAAAGAAAUCUUAAUAUCAAUCACACCACAGCGAGUCAAAGAUUAAGUUAUGAAUCAUCAGUCUGUAUUAUUCAGAUUGAGUGUGGAGAAUAAUCUUCAUGGUGUGGUUUCUACCUUUACUUAAAGCCUGUAGAGCAUUCUGUCUGCCAUAUGGAACAUGUCAUCGCUGUGAACCAGUUUCUAACCCGGGUUUAUUUUUAGCUGCUGGUGUAGACUUACAGUGAAGGUCAAUUUAGUUAACAUUUUGUGCUCGGUGUUACUCUUCCUUGAUUGAGGAAAAAACUUUGUUGGCACAGAUUUUAUUAUCUUUAUAUGUAUCCUAUUACUCGCAAACUAGUGCGAAUCUUGAAUAACCAUAAUUUUUUUCCCGAGAACAGAAUAGUUUUUCUGGAAAGUGCUGCAAGAGAUUUGGAGCCAUAUUUGCCAAUGAGAAAAGUGUUAAUACAGUGGCCUGCUACUGGCAGUUCUGCUGAUUGCAUGUUUUUUUAAUCAAUGAAGGGUUUACGUCUACAGGCCAAUUAUAUGAAUGUGACCACAAGUGCAUUAGCUGACAUUUUGCUGUGAGUAGCUUUAUCUAAUAGCACAUAACAGUGUUAAAUAAUUGCAGUAUAUGUUAACUGCAUCAGCACCGCUAGUUGAUGUAACAAACUCAUACUUGUCCACAGUGAGGAUGCCAAACCACCUGUUUUCAUGAUAGUUAAUUGCUAUGAAAUGACUUGAGUACUUUGUGAUUAGUGGCUGCUCACAACAAGCAGUGAUACUAUGAGAGUACUUGGGUGGUGCUAAAAAAAAGGCACGCAAAAUAUAUGCAUGGAAUUACCUCUUAGUGCAACAUUAUACAUUAUUUUGUAUAUAAGCUCUUAUUUAUAUUUUGCAAUAAAAAUAUGGCUUGCCUUAUGUUUCAUCAAGCUCUGAAGCAAUGUAUCUGUUACAAAAGGUACGUCAUAUUGUUAUUAAACGUGUGAAAUUUGAGUAUAAUAAAUAUUUUUGACAAUCCUUUAAA